UACAGUACAACUAGCUACAACUACCGGUACGCUGCUCCCGGCGGCGCUAAUGAAACAUGAAGCGGUGUUUUGUCGACUUCUUCCUAAGUGGUCACUCGUGAUUUUAUCGACCAGUGACCGCCAACAUAAACUUUACAAUGCCUCGGAAAUGUGUAACUUAGCUACUUGCAGUAUUAGCUAAAGCUACUAGCUAGCUAACGUUACCCAGUUUAACAGGUUAACUUGUCAACACCGUCAAUACAUAAUGGAGGAUGGUGCCGAAUCCUCUUCCGAGGUUCAGACGGUUUCCUCUGAUGUUCCGAAGACACCAAACCAAGAACUGAAGAAACUUUUGUCUUUUAAAGUUUACAAGAGGAGGUGGUUUGUUCUGCUGGUGCUGUGUCUGUUAAACUGCUCCAACGCAACGAUAUGGCUGACCUUUGCACCAGUAGCAGACAAGUCUGCCAAAUUUCUGAACGUCACCCUGGAGGAAAUCAACUGGUUGUCACUGGUUUAUAUGGUGGUGGCCAUACCGCUCAGCUUUGGGACAACAUGGAUGCUGGACACCCUCGGGCUACGGAUCACGCUGAUUCUGGGAGCCUGGCUGAACAUGUUCGGAGGUCUGGUGCGCUUCUUUGGGAAAUUUGAGGAGCCGCAGUAUACAAUCCCAUACUCUGCAGUGAUGGUAGGUCAGACCCUUGGUGCCAUCGCUCAGCCCCUCAUCAUUUUCACCCCCACCAAGCUGGCUGCUCUCUGGUUCCCUGACCACCAGCGUGCCACAGCUAACAUGAUCGCCUCCAUGUCCAAUCCGCUGGGCCUCCUGCUCGCUAACAUCAUCUCUCCCCUGAUAGUUCAAACAUCUACACAGAUCCCAACCCUGCUGAUUGCCUACGCGGCCCCGGCAUGCUUCAUCUGUUUCCUAGCAACGGUGGGGAUACGGAGCAGUUCCCCCCCCACGCCGCCGUCAGCCAGUGCAGAGUCCUCUGGCUCGGAGCCCUUCGUACAGGGGAUCAAACUGUUACUGAGGAACAAAGCCUACCUCGUCCUGCUGCUGUGCUUCGGUUCGGGCGUCGCUGUUUUCACCUGCUUCUCCACGCUGCUGCAACAGAUCCUGUGUGUGCAAGGAUACACCAAUGACUUUGCUGGCAUUUGUGGCGCUCUCUUCAUCGUGUUUGGCAUCGUGGGUGCCGCUGUUCUCGGUCUCUACGUCGACAAGACAAAGAAGUUCACGGAGGCCAUAAAGAUCAACAUGAGCUUCACUGCUCUCUCAUGCAUCGCCUUCUCAUUGGUGUCUCUGUUGCCACAUCAGAAAGCCGCCGUGGCCGCCGUCUGCUCUCUUUUGGGCUUUUUCGGUUUCUCUAUUUACCCGGUGGCCAUGGAGCUGUCUGUGGAGUGUUCAUAUCCCGUUGGAGAAGCCACAUCAGCCGGACUCGUCUUCGUAUCGGGACAGGUUCAGUGUGUUCUCUACAUUCUCCUCCUUCAGGCUUUAACCAAACGGCUCGCAGACUCUCCUCUGUCGACCUGCGGGGGUGAAGUCCUGAGCUGGAAGGUGCCGAUGCUUGUGAUGGCAGGACUGCUAAGUUUCUUCACAUGCUGCUUCGUGAUCUUCUUCCACACACCAUACAGACGCCUGCUGGCCGAAGAAGAGGCCACUUACGGGACCAAAAAGACCAGCGUCUCGACAGUCUCUGAAAGCGUUCCGAGCAUGGAGACGUGAACGUGCUGAGAGGCUCGGGACAAGAGAGACACACAGGGAGUUAUGAGCGACCACUCCGACAGUUUCUCUUCGGUAUGAAACAAAGUAGAAAGGUUUAUGUUUUUGGUAACCUCGGAUUCAUAGUUAUUUUAAAUUUUUUUUAUCAAGACAUUCAACCAUUGAUUCUUUUGUACGACAUUGGGGCCAAACCUUUACAGAUUCUACAUUAAUUCUUUUGCUACUGACAGUUAAAUUAAAACCUCAGAAUAUUAUAUCUGCAUCAAUAAACUUAGCAGAUUGCAAAAUGUUUUUUACACGUAAACGUAGUUUGUAGGGAGGAAGUUUGCGUAAAUUGUUUUGUCGCCACGUUCUAAAAAUCCCAGUGAGCUGGGAGAAAACGUUCUCUGAAUGGAAGUAAAAACAUUCCUGUACCGAUCACGUUUAUAUGAUAUUUGGUUUCUCACGUUGCCUUGAGACAAGGUCACUUUUUAACAUUGAUUGUAGUAAUAGGGGAGAAAAUGUGGUCAAACCAAAACGAGUUGCAGCUCACUACAGAACCUCCUCAAAAAAUGCUAAUUUCCAAGGAAAAAUGUACACGUAGAGCUUUUCUAAGAGAUACGGUUUAACUACGUUUCCUGAAUGCUUCAGUGUUUUGUUGCAAUUCCCAGGAUUUCUGCCAGCAGUCAGUCGAACACACGGAACUACUCCUAACACUUGAAGCUGCAUUGCGAUCGUGUCUAUUUUCGGCCACUGUGCAGAGAAAAACUGGUUUCUGUUGGACUCUCAGGGACUGACAACCAAACCUGAUGUUGACUAUUGACGUUUUGGAUCAGUUUCUGCUGCCAGACUCCACGUGGAACUGUUCAGAAUAACUAUCGAUGAUUUGAUUUAUUUGAUUAGGACAAUGCACAUUAAUGAACAUUUCUGUAAAUGCGCCAGUGUUAGCCAGUCGGCUAAUUUUCAACUGUAGUCCUAGUUGCAUGCAUGUCUUUAUGGUGGGAAGAAAGCGGUGCACCCGGAGGAAACGCUGGGGAGAACAUGCAAACUCCACACAGAAAGGCCUGAGAUGACCUUGUUGCUGUGAGGCAGUAGUGCAAACCACUGAGCCACCUGCUGCCUAUGUAUUGUCACAUCAUCUGCAGCACAUUUGUAUCUUAACCCAUCGUACUAAAACCACUAGAAAAGGUACUGUUUACUGACACUCUUAACCCUUUGGGUCAGAUUGACCCGUUUUCAAUUUUUGUUUUCUAUCAGAAAAUAUGGGACGUAGAAAUAAGCGCUGAAAAUGUGUAGAAGAAAAAAUGUUCAAGGUUGUGGGAAGACAACACAAGGGUUAAUACAACGUAUAAAAACUUGACACACUAGUCAGGUUUUCUGAAAGCUAAAUGUAUCGAUCUCAGACCGACUACCCGAAACUCCUGUUAGUUAUCAGCUGUAUUAAUGAGCACAUGAACCAAACUUAAUACAGUUGUACCUUGAAUCACGUUCUGGGUUAAUUGAAGUGUGACUGUCAGUGUUGUGGCUAUAAUAACUGUAAUAACACCAUUUAACUACUUUUUAAUGGCUUUUAUUUGUAAAAUUGCUUAUACGGUUGUGGGUUUUGUGCAAUAAAGGGAAUUAAUUCA